GUUGAUAAGUCUGGUACUUGAAUGCAUGACUAUUUCUUGUAAUGUUUUGAAAUCUUUGCAGGCACGCGUGCGCCGCUCGCUACAGACUCCGGCUUGCGUUAGUCUACCGAUGGAGGAAAAAUGGGUUCACUCAAAAAGUUUCAAACUUCCUUCAAGGACGAGCGCACAACAAGACACAGCCGGUGGGAAGACCGACGUAAGAGUCCAACACCUGUUCGACAACCACAGAACUGCCUUCAAAAGAGCGCAGGUGGAUCCAAACAGGUCGUGGUUGGUGGAGAAAGUGGCUCCCGCUCUGCCGAGUGUGACCGGCGCUGCGCACACAGAAAGGCGCCCUCUCUGGCACGGACGACUUGUCGGGACAAACAGUUCAUCCUGCUCUCAGGGAAACAUUUCUGCUCUUGACAGGAGAAUGGCGAGAUCUUACCGCUCCUCGAGCUCGUCCAGGGGAAGUUUCUACUCAACUUCCACCGAGUGGAGUUCAGGGGCACCGGGGGAAAACUUUGUGGUGUCAGACACGCUUCCAUCUAUACUUAUUUCUCCACCUGUGUCAAAGGUGAAACUUCUGCAAGUGAUGGGCAGGCAGAAAGACCUCUGUGUGAAAAGUGCCGGUCCAGCUACCUCGCCCUAUCAGAGCAUCCUAACACCCAGACUGCCCUAUCCCAUCAUGAAGUCUUACAGAUACAAGGGAAAAGGUGACUCCAAGACAAGAAGGGAAAGAACAGUCCUUCCCUUCAAAGUUUUCAACUUCUGUGAUGACAAGGUCCUACCAAGAGUCAGAGUCUGGAGGGGGAACCAGACUGUACAUCUUGCUACAACAGUAACGCUACUGCCUAAAGGAAUAUAGCAGUAGAAUGUGGUCUACUACAUGUACAUGUGUAGUACUGUAAUUCUUGACAUUAUUUUAGGUGGUUUUAUGUUUACAGUUUUUGCAGUGACUGAUUUGCCACAUUUGAAACUGAUGUUUCCAGUACUGUACAGCAUGUGACCAUAGUGCGGACAUUCAAUUAUCUCCCUAUAAUAAAAUAAAAUCACCACAAACUUAAAGCAUUUACGGUAAUUCGCAUUUUCACUUCAUUUGAUAUUCAUGCCAUAAUUUUACUCAUGUUCAAAAUAGUUUUUCUUGGGUGCAUCACAGAUUAUUUGUUUGAGCACUAUCAAAAAGGAACUUAGACAUUUGAUUUAUGUUUUAAAGCACAUGUAUAACGUUAUAGAUCUACAAUACAAUUCACCUUUGACCUUUCAAGAUGUAUAUGUAGUAGUGUACAUACCAGAAGUUGUAUGUAUCUGUCAGAUAACUUGUUCAGGCUUAUGUGUAAGGCAGAUCAUGUAUUUAUCAAAACUACAUGCAUGCAUUAAUAUGCAUGAAUAAAGUAUACAACAAUACAAAAUGGUAAAGAUUUAAAUGAUAAAACGAACACUUUUUCUUAUAAAUAUAACCACAUAAGUCACUUUACCUUAAAGGCAAAUAAAUGCAUUACAAACCUACAUAUAAUUCUAACAACCUGAGUCUGGACUGUAGCAACAUCAAUGCAUCUUUAUUUUUUUUAUAUUUUCUGAAGCAUUAUACCACCUGGUUUACAUUAACACACAUAAGGCCCCUUUUCCACUGGAUAUCAAUCUCUUAGCAACUGUUGAGAGACAAAAUUGGACUUAAGUGAUCCUUGGUUUUAUGAUUGUAAUAUGAUGCAUGUUGCAGAAGUAUGAUUCAAAAGACAACAAAACACACAAAACGUAAGAAACAUUCUUCUUUUGUCUCUGAAAUUUGUCAAAUAUUUGAUCACUCAUUGUUACCUCCAUGAAAAAUGGAGGUAUAGUUUUUGGUGGUGUGUCUGUGUGUGUGUCUGUCUGUGUGUCCG